GCGUUCAUUCCAACAGAAUCAUGCAAAGAUGAGAGGAACUGCUGAUAGAGCACUCGUUUAUAACUUUUAAAGUGAACUAUGCAAUAUGGAUCAGGUCAACAGUACAGAUGAGUUUUCCCUCAUCAAUGCUACAGUCAUUCCCACAACCUUGGCAUCCUGGGAUGACGCCACGCUCCUUGGCCUUCAGAUCUCCCUCUCAGCAAUGCUAGCGAUCGUCACUUUAGCCACUGCUUUGUCCAAUGCUUUCGUGAUCGCCACCAUCUUUCUCACACGCAAGCUGCACACGCCCGCCAACUUCCUGAUCGGGUCUCUUGCAGUAACAGACAUGUUGGUGUCCAUUUUAGUCAUGCCAAUCAGCAUUGUAUAUACGGUCAGUAAGACUUGGACACUGGGCCAGAUAUUAUGCGAUAUUUGGCUCUCAUCUGACAUAACUUUCUGUACAGCUUCGAUCCUGCACCUUUGCGUUAUCGCAUUAGACCGAUAUUGGGCCAUAACUGAUGCCUUGGAGUAUUCAAAGCGACGUACCAUGCGCAGAGCAGGACUGAUGAUCGGUGUUGUGUGGGUGAUAUCUAUCUCUAUCUCCAUGCCACCUCUCUUCUGGAGGCAGGCCAAGGCUCAUGAGGAGCUUAAGGAAUGCAUAGUCAACACUGACCAGAUCUCCUAUACGCUAUAUUCCACUUUUGGCGCCUUUUAUGUCCCGACGGUCCUCUUGAUCAUUCUUUAUGGCCGAAUCUACGUGGCGGCUCGUUCCAGGAUCUUCAAAACGCCAGCAACGACUGGAAAACGCUUCACUGCCGCUCAGCUCAUCCAGAACUCAACAGGUUCUUCACUUUGCUCACUAAACUCCACCUCUAAUCAGGAAGGACAUCUUCAUCCUGGAGGUGGAGGAGGAGGAGGGUCUCCUCUUUUUACGAACAGUGUGAAAGUGAAGCUAGCUGAUAGUGUUCUGGAAAGAAAGCGUCUUUGUGCCGCUCGGGAGAAAAAGGCCACCAAAACUCUUGGGAUUAUCCUGGGUGCAUUUAUCAUGUGCUGGCUUCCAUUCUUCGUGGUUACGCUGGUGAUGGGGAUCUGUAAAGACUGCUUGUUCCACCCUUUGCUCUUUGACGUGUUCACCUGGCUGGGGUACCUGAACUCCCUCAUCAAUCCAGUAAUCUACACUGCCUUCAAUGAUGACUUCAAACAAGCCUUCCACAAACUCACUAAGUUCAAAAGAUGUUACUAAGAGAAUAUGGCAAAUCCACUCACAGUGUUUUGACAUCUUCAUGACUUAAUUAGCUGAUUUCUCCUCAAAAUAUUGUGCAAAUUUUGUUGUGUGUCAGCCGAGGAGGACUUUAACUAACAUCCCUGCAUUUGUUUUCAGUGAACUCCUCAACACACCCAUAUUGUCUGGUCACUGUAUAUUACUGUUUAAUAGAAUCUCAUAAGACAGCUUGUAAAAUAAUGUAACAUAUUGUUGAUGCUUUCUUGUAGUUUAUGAAUGCAUGCUAAGAAUCUGAUUCCUUCUCUAGAGAGUGACAUUGUACUGUCUCUGUAAACAAUAGCUGUCUAUAAACUACCUGACU